AUGGUGCGUCAGCUGCACGACGGUAUGAUGGCGCGAGUCACGGACAACGGAGCUGUCUCAGAGGCAUUCGCAGUGACUAACGGAGUGAAACAGGGAUGCGUGCUGGCACCAACCCUCUUCAGUCUUAUGUUCUCUGCCAUGCUGAUGGACGCCUACCGCGACGAACGUCCCGGGAUUCGCAUCGCCUACAGGACGGACGGUCACCUGCUGAAUCAACGGCGGAUGCACUUCCAAUCACGCGUAUCCACAACAACCGUUCACGAACUCCUCUUCGCCGACGACUGCGCCCUGAACACCACCUCAGAAGAGGAGAUGCAACGGAGCAUGGACCUGUUCUCCGCCGCUUGCGAGAACUUCGGUCUGAUCAUUAACACGCAGAAGACGGUGGUGAUGCACCAACCGCCACCCAACUCAGCCACAGCCCCCAACGCGUCGCCACAAAUCAGCGUGAAUGGGACCCUACUGCAAGUGGUGGAGAACUUCCCUUACCUGGGCAGUACUCUCUCCCGCACCACCAAGAUUGAUGACGAAGUCGCCAACAGGAUCUCGAGAACCAGUCAAGCCUUCGGUCGUCUCCGAAGCACAGUUUGGAAUCGUCACGGUCUUCAACUGAACACGAAGCUGAAGAUGUACAAGGCCGUUAUCCUGCCGACGGUACUGUACGGAGCAGAGACCUGGACGGUGUACACGAGGCAGGCACGCCGUCUGAACCACUUCCACCUCAGUUGUCUUCGUCGCAUCCUGCGGCUGAACUGGCAGGAUCGCAUCCCCGACACUGAUGUGCUGGAACGAACGGGAAUGCUCAGCAUCUACUCCAUGUUGAGACAAAUGCAGCUGCGCUGGAGUGGCCACCUGGUGCGCAUGGACGACGAGCGACUACCCAAACGACUCUUCUACGGAGACGUCGUGACGGGUUCUCGUCGUCAAGGAGGCCCAAUUCGUCGAUACAAGGAUACCCUGAAGUCCUGCCUGAAGCUACUGCAAAUCAACCCGACCAACUGGGAAGAGCUCGCCUGCGAUCGUCCGGCAUGGAGGAGAACAGUGAAGACGGGCGCUGCUAUCCACGAAGCCAACCGCAUCGCCGCCGCCAAAGCGAAACGCGAAGCCCGCAAAUCACAACUGCGCCCAGUCAGCAACACUGCCGCACAACUGCUUCCAACGUGUCCUCGAUGUAAGCGGACAUUCCGGGCUCGAAUCGGCCUUGUUGGACAUCUUCGGAUCAAAUGUACCUCUCGAACUGCACCAAACUUCAUCCCCCCGCCCGCGUCAUCCUCGUCCUCUCUGCCGCCGAAUAACUCUGUGAAUACUUCUGCACCACCACUUCCAUCCUCCUCCUCCUCCUCCUCCUCCUCCUCCUCCACCACCACCACCACCACCACCCCCACCACCACCACCACUGCCCCAACGGCGGCCGCUCAGGCAGCCGUCUCGCACAUCUCCGACCGCGACACAACAACCGGCACCACCCCCGCCUCUCCUGACUCCAGCAAUGAGAAUCAGGACUACACCUGUCCUCACUGCGACCGCACCUUCACCUCACACAUCGGCCUGGUCGGUCACUUGCGAAUCCAUCGCACAGAGACCGGACAACCAGUGCCUGGAGCACCAACCUACACCCACCAAGCUCGUCUCAACUGUCCACACUGUCCUUGCACUUUCAGGCACCGCAUGGGCCUAUUCGGCCACAUGCGCAUCCACGACGACCUGCGGUAG